UAGAAGCGUGUUAUGUGUUAAAUACGCCAUACUUUGCUUAGUGUGUAAAUAUUUAAUACAUUUCAUUUCUUUCUAAAAUUAGUAGAAAUAGGUGCUAUUCAAGUUCAGUAAUAAACAAAUCAGAAAUUUUUUGCAUGUACCUGUACAUCUACAGCGAAGAAAUUUGUAAACAUAGCAUCACAUACUUAACCUCUCUUUAUAAUCUUUUCUUUUUAUAAUUUAUUCGAGAAAUUAUGACGUUGGGUUCAGAAAACAAGUUAAGUUUCCAAAAAAAAAAAGAAGCAUAUCCACCACAAGGUGUUCGUUGUCAAAAAUGUCUAGAAUUUGGUCAUUGGUCUUACGAAUGUAAGGGCAAAAGGAAAUAUUUGCACCGAUCAUCGAGAACACAGCAACUGCAAAAACGAAUGAAACAACGCGAAGAAGAAAAGCAAAAGCAAGCUGAAAGUAAAGCUGCAACAUCAACGAAGAAGGAUACAAGUAAAAGUAGUGACGACUCAGAUUCCUCAUCAGACAGUUCUGAAGAUUCGACUUCAAGUUCGGAUAGUUCAGACAGUGAAUCGAGCAGUGAUUCUGAUUAAGAAUAUGAUUUAUUAAAACAUGUAAUUUAUUUGCAUUAAAAAAUUUAUUAUAAAAAACUUUAGAUAAUACAAACGAACUUCAAUACUAAAAAAAUUU